AUGAUUUUUAGAUCAGUGGUUGUUGGGUUUUGCAUUGUCGUAUCUGUGGCCGCGAAGAGUCGAUAUGACAUACUGGUACCGGAUUUUGAGGGUAAGUUUUUUUUGAGUAUAGUCUAACGUAUUUCGUUCUACCGUGCUAAACUCUUUUAAUUCUCUUUCAGAACUAGCCAAGAACCGAACCGAUCGAUACCUAGAUGGACUGGACAAGAAACAAAAAGAGCUAUUUGUUGAGUUAGUAAUGGCUGAUGAAGCUACUCCAACCCCGAAGGCAUUGGAAGCUACACAAGAUUUGGCAGUCUUCAAAAAAGCUGUCAAAUUGAGUGCUGACUUACUGUUGGAGAAGAAAGUCGACCACAAACUGGUCGAAUUUAUUGUUGAGGUAAAAUACGACUGCUGGAAUGGGUAGAAAAGAGCAACGGGCAGGGCCGAUAGUAUAGGUCUGAAAAAAUUGCGAGGUCGGGCUUUUUCUAAGGCCCGGCCUGUUUUUAACAUUGCUCAAGCCUGGCCCGAUAGGUAAAAAGAAUACUAUAAAAAUUUUUUAAAAUUUGAAUAAAUUUACUUUAAAAAAUUGGUUCAGCUAUUAUAUCACAUGCUUUAUAUUGUUUUAGAUGCUGCACCAGACCAACAACCAAACCCAAGUCCCAGAUGAAGAUGAACAACUGCAAAACGAAUUGUUGGUGAUUUCGAAGAUUUUGCAAAAAUAUGAUGCUUUAGGCGAUGACGAAAAGAAGUUAGCCGAUCAAAUCUUUCCUGAUUACGCUAAUGCUAUGUUCCAUGGUAAGCAAUAUUUACGCUAUGAUUAGAAGAAUUAUUUGAACAAAAGGUGAAAAGAAUGCAAGGUAUGGCAGGGCCCUUCAGGGGGUAAUUGAAAAAAAAUUGGCGGAGAUUUUUUUGAUUUUUUCAACUUUUCAAAAAUACUUUAGAUUGUGCAAAUAAUUCUGUGCCUAUUAAUGCUAAAAAUUUGUUUUUGAGAAGGAACGCAGGAUUAUUUGAACAGCCGAGUAAAUUACUUUUUUAGGGUGGACGGAGAACUUCAAAAUUUUAAGAAAGUUAUAAUAAAUUUAAAUUAUGGUUGUUUCAGUACCCCAACUUCGGGAAUGGUCCAAAACCCCGGAAAAACACACUAUUGCCUACUUCCGCUUUAAACAUCAACUACAAGGUUAA